AUGGGCGAGAAAACCGCCAGCGCCUCGGCUCGCACGCCGGCAAAGACGCCCUCGUCGACCUCGAAGCAGCAAAGCAUCUUGGGCUUCUUCUCAAAGGCCAGCCAGCCCAAGGCGAAGCCCAAUUCCAGUGCCAAUGGCUCGACCCCAGCUGCCUCUGCCACACCAUCCACCUCCAAGGCAGGCAAGGUCUCGUCGUCGUGCCUCAAGGAGACAACAAAGGCCAACUCAUUGUCUUUUGCCAAGCGCCCGUCCAACAUUACUCCCGUCCCUAGCAGUGAUGCAGUCGAACCCUUGAGCUCUCAGGAGAAUGUCGACGUCAUGGCUGUUGACUCCAAGGUACCCAGCGACUCCUUGCCGUCACCCAAGUCACCUGCUGAGCUCGACCACCAGCCAGCAGCCACUCCCACGGUGCUCGCAAACAGCAGCCCCUCACGCAAGGCCAAGAAAACUGUCAACUACGCCGAGUCGUCCGACGACGAAGACGAAGUGAUCAUGUCGCGUAAGACGCGUCCGACACGGAAUAAGAAUCGUGCUCGUGCUGCCGUUCUGGACGACGAUGAGGACGAGGACGAGUAUGAGGGUCCCAUUGAUGAUGCUUUCGACGAUGAUGAUGACGAUAUGGCCGACUUCGUCGUGUCUGACGAAUCCGAUGCUCCUUCGAAGUCCAAGAAAAGGAAGCGGCCUGCUCCCAAGUCGGCGCCAGCGCCCCGAAAGCGCCAACCCUCGUCGAGUUCACCAAUCUCCGGUCAUAAGGAGGAGGACAUUGAUGAUGACGAAUUCAUGAACGAACCCUCGGGAACAUCCACAGCCCAGCAGUGGCGCUACGACCCCGAGAAUAUCGAAACGCGACAGCACCACGCCAUCACGCCUACCCCUAAAGCGAACGCAUCAGCCCCAAAAUCAAAAGAAAGGGCUUGCGAUAAGGAGCCAGAAAUGCGGCACCGUUGGCUUGCAGAACCACUUGACGCCGACCGACAUGCCCCCGGCCACCCAGACUUCAACCCGGGCACCCUCUAUGUCCCCCCAAGCCAAAAGUUCUCGGCCUUCGAGCAACAAUACUGGGACAUCAAGAAGAAGCUCUGGGACACGGUCGUCUUUUUCAAAAAAGGCAAAUUCUAUGAGCUGUAUGAGAACGAUGCUACUCUCGGCCACCAGCUCUUCGAUCUGAAGAUGACGGAUCGCGUCAACAUGCGCAUGGUCGGUGUUCCUGAAGGUUCACUCGACAUGUGGGUCAAUCAGUUCAUCGCGAAAGGCUACAAGGUUGCCCGGGUUGAUCAGAUGGAGUCGGCCCUCGGCAAGGAAAUGCGUGAACGUGACGGAAAGGGGCCCAAGGCGGCAAAGAGCAAGGAGGACAAAAUCAUUCGUCGAGAGCUGGCCUGCAUCCUCACUGGCGGAACUCUGGUGGACGGCAGCAUGCUCCAAGACGACAUGGCCGUCUAUUGUGCCGCCAUCAAGGAGUGUAUCAUCGACGGACAGCCCGCCUUUGGCAUUGCAUUUGUCGAUGCUGCCACGGGACAGUUCUUCGUCUCUGAAUUCGUGGAUGACGUCGAUCUCACCAAAUUCGAGACAUUUGUGGCCCAGAUCUCUCCUCGAGAGAUUCUGCUGGAGAAGUCGCACAUCUCGGUCAAGGCAAUGCGAAUCCUCAAAAACAACACCACGCCUACAACCAUCUGGAACAACCUCAAAUCCAACACUGAGUUCUGGGGCUCUGACCAGACACGACGCGAGCUGGACUGCAGUGGCUACUUUGUACAGGAAGGGGUCGACGAAGAGGUCUGGCCAGAUGUGCUGAAGGAGUCCAGAGACAAGAACUUGUUGAUGUCAGCACUGGGUGCGCUCAUACACUACCUACGAGUUCUAAAGCUGGAGAAAAGUCUCUUGUCCCAAGGCAACUUCCAGUGGUAUACGCCCAUUCACAAGAACGGUACCCUGAUUUUGGACGGCCAGACUCUCAUCAACCUCGAAGUCUUCUCAAACACUGUGAACGGCGGAUCCGAGGGCACGCUCUUCAACUUGCUUAACCGGUGUGUUACACCAUUCGGCAAGCGCCUAUUCCGACAGUGGAUUUGCCAUCCCCUUUGCAACAUCGACAAGAUCAACGAACGACUGGAUGCCGUGGACCUGUUGAACGCCGAUCGCACUGUCCGUGAGCAGUUUUCUUCGGAGAUGACCAAGAUGCCAGAUCUUGAGAGGUUGAUUUCUCGGAUCCAUGCGGGCGUCUGCAGGCCAGAUGACUUUGUCAGAGUCCUCGAUGGGUUCGAGCAGAUCGACUACACAAUGACGCUCAUGAGCGCUUUUGGGGGCGGCAACACCAUGGUUGACCGGCUAAUUUCAACAAUGCCCAGCCUGAAGGACCCUCUGGACUUUUGGAAGAAUGCCUUUGACAAGAGAAAGGCACGUGAAGACAAGCUGUUCAUUCCCGAGCGGGGUAUUGAGGAAGAGUUCGACAAUAGCAUGGACAACAUCAAGCGGAUCAAAAAGGACCUUGAUGCUUUGCUUGCGGAGCAGAAGGGAAACCUAAAGUGCUCCAAACUCAAGUUUUGCGACGUCGGCAAGGAAAUAUACCAGAUCGAGGUUCCUAAAGCUGUGAAAGUCCCCAAGGACUGGCGUCAGAUGUCAGCGACGGCGGCGGUCAAACGCUACUAUUUCCAGGACCUUCUAACGCUAGUUCGUGAGCUGCAGGAGGCAGAGGAAUCUCACUCGCAAGUGAUCAAGGACGUGGCCGCGAGCUUCUUCAGGCGCUUCGACACAGACAAUGAGACCUGGCUGCGGGCCAUCAGGGUCGUGGCCCAGCUUGACUGUCUCAUCAGCCUUGCCAAGUCAUCGACUGCGUUAGGCCAGCCGAGCUGCCGUCCGGUCUUUGUUGAUCACGAGCGCAGCGUCGUGGAGUUCGAGGAAUUGCGCCACCCGUGCAUGUUGAAUAGUGUCGACGACUUCAUUCCCAACGACGUCAAGCUUGGAGGAGAAGGGGCCAAGAUCAAUCUGCUGACUGGUGCCAAUGCGGCUGGAAAGUCUACAGUGUUGCGCAUGUCUUGUGUUGCCGUCAUCAUGGCCCAGAUCGGCUGCUACGUGCCGGCUGUAUCUGCUCGGCUGACACCAAUUGAUCGAAUCAUGUCUCGGCUGGGAGCCAAUGACAAUAUCUUCGCAGCUCAGUCUACCUUCUUCGUCGAGCUGUCCGAAACCAAAAAGAUCCUGUCUGAGGCCACUCCUCGCUCUCUGGUGAUCCUGGACGAACUAGGCCGCGGCACAUCAUCCUAUGAUGGUGUUGCCGUUGCGCAGGCUGUGCUGCACCAGGUCGCAACACACGUGGGCUGCGUCGGCUUCUUCGCAACGCACUACCAUAGUCUAGCGACUGAGUUCGAAAACCACCCAGAGAUUGCACCGCGGCGUAUGCAGAUCCACGUCGACGAAGCCAAUCGGAGGGUAACAUUCUUGUACAAACUAGAAGAGGGCGUGGCCGAAGGCUCAUUCGGCAUGCACUGCGCUGCAAUGUGCGGCAUCCCAGACAAGGUAAUUGAGAGGGCUGAGGUGGCCGCCAAGGAGUGGGAGCACACCUCCCGCCUCAAGGAGAGCCUGGAUCGCGCCAAGACCGGGUGUUAUAUCCCGCUUGGUGUACUUAGCGAUGUUGCGUCCCUGCUCAAGGGGCGGAAGGACGCGGAAGGAACGAGUGAGGUCCGUGCUGGGGGUGUAGAGGUGCUGCUGAAGGCUAUCGAGGCACUGUGA